GGAUUAUUGGCCGUUGGGUGAAGGUAAUUUUACUACGUUCCCUGCAGCUGGGCCUUGUUGCCUUAAUCAUAUUAUACAUUCAGCUGAGAUUCUGUGGAUAGACAGCACCUAUCAUGUCAAGAUUCUGAAAUAACCCCUGACGAGCCCCCUUCCCAGGAUGGCCCGACUCCUCCUCCCGAAUUUAUUUCCCAAUGAUGUUCGUACGAAUGUUGAACCACACAUGCCGUUUCCUCAAUCUCCCUUUUCUCAGGAGGAUGUCUUCGUCACCAGGCGUUCGUCUUAUCCCGACCAUAGUGUCCCCUUCAAAUCAUGCGGAGGUGUCUGCAUGUAUCAAAACUCUAGCGGCUGCUUUUCGAACCGUUCCAUGCACCUUCGCAUUCAGCCUGGAAUCAACCCGUGGCACAACAGAAGACCCUGUCAGUGCGUAUGUCGACAGAACGAUCCGAAAGUCACUUCGGUCUGGUGCAGCUCUUGUGCAGUCCGGAGAGACAUCUGCAGUCUCUCUAUGGGAACUCCCGCAUUUUGACAAGAAAUGUGCACCUCAUACCGAAGAAAGCGAGGAUGACACAAGCGUGGGUCCUAUAAAGAGGGAGUGGGGAGACAUUAUCCACAGGGCCAAAGCAAAAUACAUCGGCGUUGCUCAAUCGGCAAGCAACAUGUCAACUACCCAAGAACACCCCACCAUCAUGCCGCAUUAUCAUCUAGAUUUUCUCGGGCGCAAUCCACAUGUGACCAAGAUCCUCGGCGCGGUUUCUGCCGUUGUCGUUUCCUUCUUGGAGCAGGCUAGACAAGAGCGCCUGAAAGUGUGGUUGGAGGCGACGUCUCCCGAAGUUAUUCCCUUGUACGAGCACUUUGGAUUUAAAAUGCUGGAGGAGAUCACUGUAGGAUCUGGAAGUGUGGAUAACCAAGGAAGGGCACAGGAAGGCGGCCCUGGGGUCAAGGCUUGGUUGAUGUUGAUCGACAACUCGGUUCAAGCUUGACUCAGGGACUCGGCUGAGGAUACACUGGUGAAAGCAAACAUAUGCAGAAAGUGUGGGAUUGAGCGCCACGGUUAUGCCCUAGGCCGAAGGCGGUGUAGCGGCAAUUGCACUGGUGGGGUCAAACCCUUCCUCGUAGAUAAAAUAGCUAGACA